UGAGCUGCAUUGGUGCGUUUAAAACGCUGGGUUUAACGAAAGCCGCUGUUAAUCAGAGGCAGCGCUUUAUUGUGUAGCUGUCAUAUGCACGAAGUGGAAACACUGACUCUUGGAGAAUGGAAGGUGAAGAAACACAGUCUUCUUGAAUCAAGAUAAAAACAACUGUGUGUUUGCCACAGUGAAGAUUGAAAAGAUCACAAAGCAACAUGGAUUCGAUUACAGUGGUAGUUCUAUUGCAGCUUGCAUACAGAAUUGCUUAUGCAGGCGUAGAACUGCAACCACAAAGCCUGCAGUGCACCAAUGACUUUUUAAGAGAAAUGGUCUGCACUUGGGAUGCAGGGCCCAAAGUGAACUGCAAUACUGACUAUACUCUACACUAUCAGAAGACAGCUGGAUCUAAAAAGGGCACAUGUUUCCCACACAACUUCAGAGUCGACCCAGAGAGGGGGGGCUUAUCAACGCAUUGCAUCUGCCGCUUUGAGGUUCCAGGUUUUGACUCCACUGAUGAAUACGAAGUGGAAGUUUUUUCCAAUGGCAGAGGAGUGUUGAACAGUACCAUCCGUGUUGCUGAAACAAUAAAAACGGCAGCUCCACAUAUCCUUUCAGUUGUGGAAGACGAAGAUAAAAAUGUAACCCUCUUGUGGAACAGCAGGUACUCAAAAAACGAACCCCUGCAAGAGUUUCUGAUAUUUCAAGUCAUGUACAGAAAGAGAGACAAUCUGACAGAGGAUUCUGUAGCAAUAGAGGAACCAGGUGAUAUGAAAUAUAAAAUGCACUGGCUGUCACUAGGAACUGAAAACCAGUAUAUCUUCAGAGUGCGUGCAAAGCUGAAGGCGUUCACUGCCACGUGGAGUGACUGGAGCCCUGAUGUCGUAAAGCCCAAAGGGAGUCUAAUAUGUUACAAUGACUACAUUGACGAAAUGGUCUGCGUCUGGAACACUAGCAUGCAAAUAAACUGCAGUGGGGGGUACACUCUGUCCUUUACAAGACUGAGACGCCCAUUAAAAAAUGAUUCCUGUGUUCUAAGGAAUGUUGGUACAGACCCAAACUCUUUAUCCACACUCUGCGAAUGCAAAAUGCCCAAACUUGUAGAUGAAUUUUUAAUCGGUGACAUAUACAUUGUAGAAGUCUGGCAUCAAGAGAAUGCUAUACUCCUGUCAUAUGUCAUUCCAAGUGAGACCAUCAAACCAAGAGCUCCUCACAAUCUUUCUGUCUCACUGAGUGAAAAUAAUAACUUCAACCUUACUUGGAAAAUAAAUUCAAACAAAACCUUCUAUGAAAAACUGGAUUUUCAAGUCAGCCUCAAAAAGAAGGAGGAACCAGACGAGAAAGCGCAACUAAGAAAUGUCUUGGGUGUGUCCCUCCAGAUAAUAAGAAGUUCUUUAGUCCCUGGGCAUAGUUAUGUGGUAAAGGUCCGGUCCUUUUCCAAAGACUAUCACUCCCAGUACAGUGACUGGAGCCCGGAGCUCGAGUGGCAAAACGAUCCUGUGGCAACACUUGACUCAGUGAACAUAGCUAUCCCUAUAGUCUGUGUAUCUGUCCUGGUGGUAAUCAUUUCCUGUUAUCAUUGCACCCGCAUAGCCAAGGUGAAAUUGUGUGAUAAGAUACCUAAUCCAGCAAAAAGCAUCCUGACCUUUCAUUCUGAGAAAUCCCAGUUAUUAUUUCCACCCAGUGCUUGCCAGGAAACCAUUAGCUCACUGGAGAUUGAAGGAGGGGAAACUGGAAAGCCCAAAGUAAAGCCAUGGUUGAAUCCAAACCUGUGUGAGAAAAGCGCUCCAGAUUUACGUGCUAUUGAUGACUACGACCAGACCAGCGUCUUCAUAAAGCAGAGGGUUGAAGAAGGGCAUCAGGCAGUUGAGACCUCUUCAGAAUAUCAAGGCUGUCCCUUUUCCGGUGACACCAAUGGAUACUACCCUAGCAACAUCAACACAUACACUCUCAACAGGAGCGAUGAGGGGCAGCCGUUGGGCUUUGAAUUAAUGCAGAGUUUCCAAGCGGGUGCUGCAUGCAGCAAUGUGAAAAUAGACACACACGCCGGGUAUAAAAGCAUUGACAGUUGCACGUCAGCAGACAGUAAAAACAACCCAGUGGACCUUGGCUUUGACGAGCAGGACUCGCUGUUGGCAGGUUUAACCGUUCACAGGUGGAGAGAAAGUCUUGAUAAAAAUUGGCAGGGCCCAGAGGAAUCCUUCAAUUCUUGCAAAUCAAGGUAUAAACAUACUUCUUAUUUGUGGGUAUCUGUUAAGCAAGAGACUGCUUCGCACAAAGCGAGCUCUCCGGGUUUGGUUUUAGAUGUAAUCCCUCAUGAGUGUUUACACCUAAACAGAACCAAACUUAAAGCAAAUGUUUCUGUGAUAUGCUGUGACCUCAGCUACAGGACCCUUGAGAGUCUGUUACAUGAGCCCGCUCCUGAUCAGAGUGCAGAUAAUGCUACUGUGCAGCAGAUUCCAAACCAUUUAACACCUCCAGUCCCAUUUGCCUUUCGCACAGCCCCAAUGAAGGAUGCUGUGCAGUUAUCCACCCCGGCUGUCUUGAACAUUUAUGAAUACCAGCCAUUCAAGAGCUGCUCGGUCCGUCCUCUCCCAAACCAAAACUCACAGCUGCCCGCUUCAGUUUCUCAGCUCGGUGAUGAUGUGUCAGUAACGUAUUCUGGUCCGCUAAAUAAAAAAGCCUGGAAAACACUUAACUGUAGACUGCCAAAAGUGAAAGUGAUUGAUGGCUACCAGAGUUACGAUGCCCUUGCAGGAAUCAUCCAGAGCAGAUUCACCAAGGCCCCUGCAGCUGAAAGCCGGCAGCUAGAUAACUCCACAGAUCAGGGGUCGUCUGCUGACAGUCCGGUUUAUUGCGAUCAAGCCUACAAAUCUGUUCAAAACCUGCUUGAAAUGACUGCGAGAGAGCUGCCUUUCAUCAAAACAAUGGAGCAGGCUGUGAAUGUGGAGGAUCAAGAAGGUGACAGUUUUCCGAUCCUAGACUUCACAGCAUCGAACUUAUGUGUCUCAGAGUACCAGCCCUUACAGAGUAAGGUUGCUAAGAGCAACGCUAUACAAGCACCUUCAGAUCAUGGAAAUCCUAGCAGUCCAUGCACAAGAGAGACACAGGAGACCCUCUCAGAGAACGUGAUAAGCACGUGUCCUUCCAGCUUCCUUCAGGGCCUCGGAUACAAUGCCAAUUGUUGUGCAUUCCAGUUCUAACAUUUUCUCCACACACACAUGCAUCACAUCUUCCAUGUGCUCAUGAGUAUCACAGUGUAACAAACCCAAGAGAACAUGACUGUUAAAGGUUAACAAGAGGUCUUGUGCUGUCAGUCCUUACUGUUAUGGAUCAUGUUAAUUUUAAAAAGAUAUUUCUUAUUCUGAUUCUGCACCUCUGCACAAUGCUGAAGGAUGUAUGCCAAAAAAGAAGCACUGUGCUAGAGAAAUCUCAGCCUGGUUGAUGUUUAAAUGACUACUUACCAAUUAACAUUUAAAGUGUGGGUAAAUAGAUAUGUCUUAACUGAUAGAGAUCUGUGUGUCAAGGGUUAUAUCUGCAGCCUCUUUUAUAAUUAGAGAGUAAGUAGCUUCAGGAGUCAUUGUAGUUUUUUUUUUUUACGUUCCCCACUUAUUUGUAAUCAUUCUGGUUCUUGAAAGGCUGUUCAGUGUCUGGCACUUAGGACUCUCCAGACAAGUUCAAAGAAAGGUACAUGCAGAUUUAAAGAAUGAUACCUCAAUCUGGGAGCGGCAGACCCACUCCGAAUGGUUGCAGAUCUGGACUUUAAAGUGUCUUACUUUUAUUAAAAGUGAGCAUGCACACACAGCUGAGAAAGCUGUUUAGUCUUUCAGGUUCAUACGCAGUUCAUGUCCUGUUGUGCAAUCGUGGCCAAUCCAUGUCAGCCAAAGAGAUCGCACUCAUGCUGUAUAUUUUUGAAACAGCUGCCUGUGGAAUUGCAUGAGAUAGAGCUGGGUGAUAAGUACCCAAGGAUGUGGUCAGGUUUCCUGUUAUUCUUCAUUGUAGUCUCAGACCUACAAUGAUCCUGUGUACUGGGAAAGUGUUGGAGGGGAUCAGAACACUAGCAAUGUCACAGAAGUAGUUUUGCAAUACCUGUACGCUACGUCUGUACACAACGACAACAUCACACUUUAAACCAGACAUCUCCCUGCACAUAAACCUGAUAGCCCAUAUUGCUUACUUUUUUUGCUUUCAUAUAUAUAUAUAUAUAUAUAUAUAUAUAUAUAUAUAUAUAUAUAUAUAUAUAUAUAUAUAUAUAUAUAUAUAUAUAUAUAUUUGUGUUUUACACUCUUUUUGGAGUGACAUAUCUUUGGCCUACCAGUUUUGAUGGAUAUCUUUAAGACAUUGUUAUGUCAGGUAAAAUAAAGCAAAACUAACAUGCUUGUACAAUA